AGCUGGAAAUUGUAACUAUAAAUUGCAUUACAAUGCAUGCAACUCUAACAGUAACUAACAAACUGUCGUGGCCGUACAUUGCAACAUUUCUCAAUUCAAUUUGCUGCUAGAAAAUGAGACGUGCGCUAAUGGUGUUCUUACUACUCUUCAGCAUUCUACUGCUGCUAACCGUAAGGACACGAGCACAGCAAGCAGUUUUGCCGAUUGGCGUUAAAUAUGGCCAGCAUGCGGAUACUGCGGUUGUUGUGGAACAAGCUGUGGAAGGAACUAUAUUAGAAGAACCACUAAUUGAAAGCCAAACAACAAAUAGAACAACUGUUGAUAAACCCGCCGAACUUGAAAAACUACUAAUUGUGGAAGACAGCGCAAAUGGUUUGGAAUUACCAACGGCAAUUACAUUAGAAACGAUUACAGUUGUUGAGAAAACUGAUAAUUUAGCAAUUGGAAUUGCUGCCGCUUCAGAAACUGAAGAAACAAGCAAUCUGGUGUUGAAGGAACGACCGGAAUUGUUAAAUGAAGCAGUUGAGGCUGAAGGUUCGGAGGCAAAUAAUAUUGAGAACGCGGAUCAGAGUCAAAGCAUAAGUUUGGCGGUUCUCCAGUCCGAAGAAUCGCUAAGUGAAGAUACUGCAACCAAUAUUACUCUAGAAGACACCACUGAUGUUGAGUCUUCUUGGUCAAAUGAUUCCAAAAACGAAGUUGAGCUCGAGAGUGCAAGUAGUGAAGCUAGUUCUCAGUCAAAUGAUGCCGAAAUAAUUGAAAAUCCAGUUAUAACAACAACAGUGUCAGCGGAAGAAUCAGAACCAGCGUAUACGACAUUAGUGGAUGCAGAGGUAACAACUGGAAAUCCGGCGGCUUCGAGUGUACCAGAGGAAACGGAAGUCAGCACUUCGCAGAGCGAAACCGUUGUGACGGAGGCGCCUGUAGAAAAUAAUACGGACAAAACCAGUGAAUUGGAGACCACGAAUGUGGACACCACGACAUCGGACAGAACAACAACCACACCAGCUGCAACAACAGCAGCGCCUUGCACGGAACCCGGUACGCAAGCGGUGGCAAACGAUUGUCGCGCUUACAUCAGCUGCACCACCACAGCCACGAACGAACUGGUGAAGGUACAAAAGCUUUGUCCCAUCGGUCAGGCUUAUAAUCCGGCGCUGCUACGUUGCUCGCGCGAUCUUUCGCCAUGCGCUGACGCAUUUCGCUGUGAGCUCGAAGGCACAUACGCCGUUCCACGCGAUAAUUCAUCCUACUAUUGGUGUGUGGCGUCACGCCUGACCGCCUCUUUUCACAUUUAUCAGAUAAAAUGCGGUAAUGGACAAAUCUUUACACACGAGCUGGGUAAAUGUUUCGUCGAUAUGAGCAACCUGCAGGACCUGCCGCUCAAUUACGAACUCUAUAUGAGUAAAUCAGCCGAUGAGGAGUGUGUGAGCGAGGAAGUGAAAUUGUUGCGAGCCGAAGAGAAGGCUAAAUUGAAGGAAGCGAAAUUGCGUGAGAAAAUACGGAAAAAAUAUGAAAAGGAGCUAUUGAAGAAGGCGGCCAAAGAGGCUAAGGCGCAGGCUAAAUUGCAAGGCAUUUCGCUGGAGGACGAGACACCGUACAAUUGCCAGGCGGAGGGAAACUUUGCAGCAGCCGACGAAAGUUUCUUCGAUUACUACAUUUGUCAGAGUAAGAAGGGCACCUACAAGCCUAUCGGCAUGAAGUGCGCAGAUGGUCAACAAUUUUCAACGGCACAAAAUAUUUGUGUGUCUUAGAACAGGAAGUCCAAUAAAUUGUAAACAUAUCGUUGCUUUCAUGUGUGUAGUAAAUGUUGUUGUAGUUAAAAAGUUUAAAAAUAAAUUCAUAUUUCUAAUCGAAGGCAUAAUCUAAAAUCCAA